AUCCCUUCCGACUCUGCAGACUCCCAAGUCCUCCUGUUCAACUUGCGUUAUUUUCCAUCUUCACCCUAAUCAGUAGCAAACGUUUACGUGCGAACCCUUCAAAGGAGACAAGCACAUGAGGGUUCAAUCUUCCUUUGCUACUUGCGCUAUGUCUCGCGAUUCUUACUUACCAGUCCAUUGAGCAGAUAUCCUAUUACUGAGCAUCACUUCGCGACAAUUGCAUCUCCAACACUGAAGCUCGACAUGUAUCAUGCCAUCUUUUCUGUUUAGAUGCGUUCGCAGUUGUCUGCUACCUCAUUAGUUGUGGAAAGGCUGGCAUUGUAUACAGUGCAUUGGGCUGUAACAUUAUCCGUCUGAUGAUCAGGGUCUCUGAUAUCUAUACGCGCCUCUUUGCCACGGUGGACGUUCUGUGUCUUGACGUCCAAAGACCAGCUAUUGUCUGUGCAUUGUCUGUGCAUUCGGAGAACUUGAUAUAUGAUAUGCUUGGAAAAAUCAUUACACUCCAAGACGGGACAGUUCUAUGAUGGACUACAGGUCGCAUUACUUGUGCUGUGCCAUCGAGGUGGAGAUGAACAUUGUCUACUAUGCUUUAUACCGGAACACCUGCUGGAGCUUCGCAAGUACUGUGGAUAUUGGAGUCAUGCGCAACCUUGAGUACUUACUCGCUUGCCUUUAUGGGUAAGUCGAUUGUCGACCGGCGUGGCAGGGCCGGUAACAUAUCGGCCGAACACUCCGCACAAAAAAUGACUCUAGAACUUUAGAAGCCUCGUUCAUAUGUUGAAUGACGAAAAUAUCCUCCAUGCAUGUACGGCUCCCCUCGUCCGGGAGGGGUGCGGCAUGGAAAAUUCGAUGUUUAUAAAAUCUCAUCACAGCGGGUAUACAAAUGCCCUCUCCCAACCAACGAGCUGCAGUCCAUUUCGUUCGAGCAGUCUGCUGAACUUCUAGAUCAUGGCCAACCCUGACGCGGACGUCCCGACCAUACCAUCCAGGCCGAAUGCGGGAACAUCAGUCGGAAAGAUAGUGGAUAUUGAACAUGCUGUAGUCGCUGACGAUCCCCGCCAAUGGUCUCCAGCGCGGAAAAAUGCAAUUUUGGUAACAGUAUCCGGUGCAGCUAUAAUUGUUGGUCUAGGUGCCAACUUAUAUAACCCUGCUAUCGAACAAGUAGAGUCUCAAUUACACGCUUCCAGUGGCGAUAUUAGCUGGAGCAUCUCGCUGUUUAUCCUCAUUCAAGGAUGUUUUCCGCUGGUAUGGAGCGCUAUCAGUGAGAUCUACGGGCGCAAGGUCGUCUAUAUUGCCUCAUUCGGAUUCGGCAUAGUGGGUUGUGUGGUUGCUGCCACUGCCAAGUCGAUCGGAGUACUCAUAGGGAUGCGUUGUGUACAAGCAGCUGGGUCAAGUUCGGUGCUCGCUAUGGGGGCGGCCACGCUUGCUGACAUAUAUGAUCCUCACAUUCGGGGCACUAUGAUGGGCGUGUUUUACUCGGCACCUCUUCUCGGACCGGCCCUCGGCCCUAUCAUUGGGGGUGCCCUCACUCAGGCUUUCAACUGGCGUGCGACCUUUUGGUUCAUCGUCAUCUUCACAGGUCUCUGUUUCGUUGCCUUCAUAUUCUUCAAAGACACAUUCAGGCGCGAACGAAGUCUGACUUACCAAGCAGUUCUGAAACGACGACUGAAAGAACGGGCUUUAAAAGAAACGAAUUCUUCAGGAAGAUCAAGUAUUAGUCAUGAAACAGUAGUAUCGGCCGAAACAAAGAUAACCAAAGAAGACAAACUGGAAACCUCGCCUUCGGCGGGCAUAACCCACGACUCGGGAGCUUUGAUCUCCGAGGUCUUUGCGAAAGACCUGGAAGGUCAGACCACCCUAGGGAGCGGUGAUUCUACUGGGGUAGUAACGAAGGAAUUGAAGGAGAUUCGACUUUCCUUCAGGGAUGUAAACCCAAUAGGUCCAGUGUUUCUCGUCCUAUCAAGACCUAAUAAUGUUGCUAUCCUAUUUGCUUCCGGAUUGCUCUUUGCCUUCAGCUACUGCCUGGCAUACACUUGUUCUCGCACUCUCUCAAUAAAGUAUGGCUACGAUGCACUUCAAAUCGGCCUAGUGUUACUAGCCUUUGGCAUGGGCAGCAUGCUGGGCAGUAUCCUCGGUGGUCGCUGGUCUGAUCGAGUCUUCACUCGCCUGAAAGCAAAGAAUGGUGGCGUGAGCCGUCCGGAGAUGCGCCUAGAGAGUACAUUUGUGUCAAUGCUUUUCCUACCAUUGUCGUCGUUAGGUUUCGGAUGGGUGGCGGAAAAGCAUGUACACGUAGCUGCAAUAUGCGUGUUCCUAUUUUUCGCUGGAUUCUUCUCUAUAGCGAUGUAUGCAAGUACUCUCGCAUACAUCGUCGAUGCGAAUGCCGGCCGGUCAUCGCCUGCGGUGGCUGCUAACAGCUCGUUCAGAGGUAUAUCAGCAUUUGUUGCCACCGAAGUGGCAGUCCCUCUUCAAUUAGCAAUUGGUGACGGUGGUCUAUAUUCGCUGUGGGCGGGUCUCAUGAUCAUAGCUGAACUUCUCUUACUCCUUGUCUGGUGGAAGGGCGCGAGUUGGAGAGAGGAAGCAGAGAGAAAGGAGGCACAACGUGCUUCCGAGUCAUAGAGGUUUGAAGUCGCGCGUUUUUCCAUAGAUUUCGUCAUUGCUUGUUUUAAAUUUGGGACAAAGUAUUAGACUUCAGCCGUAACUUAGAUGUCUCCUUAGCUGAGACGUCAUGUCCUACAUAGUAUAUAUUCAGACAUUGUCUGUUGUAACCAG